AUGUCCAUAUCUAUCUAUCUAUCUAUCAUAGUUUUUUCAUAUCAAUCUCAGUGUGUUCAUAUCUAUUUAUCUAUCUUAUUCCAUUCAUUAUCUAUCUAUCUAUCUAUCUAUUUAUCUAUCUAUCUAUGCUUUUAUAUUUCUUGUUUCUUUCUAUCAGUCUGUUUAUAUCUAUCUAUCUAUCUAUCUAUCUAUAUCACAGCCUUUUCCUAUCUAUUUCACUUUAUUCGUGACUAUCUAUCUAUCUAUCUAUCUAUCUAUCUAUCUCAGCCUUUUCAUAUCUAUGCCAGUCUGUUUCUUUGUAUCUCAGUCUGUUCAUAUCUAUCUAUCUAUCUAUCUAUCUAUCUAUCUAUCUAUCUAUCUAUCUAUCUAUCCCACAGCCUUUUUCUAUUUAUUUCAGUCUUCUUUUCAUAUCUAUCUAUCUAUCUAUCUAUCUAUCUAUCUAUCUAUCUCACAGACUUUUCCUAUUUAUUUCACCUUUUCUUAUCAAUUUCAUUCUGUUCAUAUCUAUCUAUCUAUCUAUCUAUCUAUCUAUCUAUCUAUCUCAUCUUUUUCUUUGUAUCUAUCUAUAAAUAUUUACAAUGGAUAUGGUGUCCAUUUUCAUUCUUUUCAUAUCUAUCUAUCUAUCUAUCUAUCUAUCUCAUUCUGUUCAUAUCUAUCUACCUAUAUAUGUAUUUAUCUAUCUAUAUCAUUCUGUUAAAGUCUAUCUCAUUUUGUUCAUAUCUAUCUAUAUAUCUAUCUAUCUCAUUUUGUUCAUACCUAUCUAUUUAUCUAUUUCAUUCUGUUAAAAUCUAUCUCAUUCUGUUCAUGUCUAUCUAUAUAUCUAUUUAUCUAUCUCCUUUUGUUCAUACCUAUCUAUUUCAUUCUGUUCAUAUCUAUCUGUAUAUCUAUUUAUCUAUCUGUAUCAUUCUGUUAAAUCCAUCUCAUUUUGUUCAUAUCUAUCUCAUUCUGUUCAUAUCUAUAUUACUAUUUAUGUAUCUAUCUCAUUUUGUUCAUAUCUAUCUAUCUAUUUAUCUAUUUCAUCCUGUUCAUAUCUAUCUAUCUAUCUAUCUAUCUAUCUCACUCUGUUCAUAUCUAUCAAUCCAUCUCAUUCUGUUCAUAUCUAUAUAUCUAUUUAUGUAUCUAUCUCAUUUUGUUCAUAUCUAUCUAUCUAUCUAUUUAUCUAUUUCAUUCUGUUCAUAUCUAUCUAUCUAUCUAUCUAUCUAUCUAUCUAUCUAUCUUAUUCUGUUUGUAUUUAUCUAUUUAAAUAGGCUGCUGAGCAUAGAGUGA